UGGAUUUAGCUGUGAAUUAUUUAAAUUUAAUUUAGAAAAUAUUUUAUUUAAUUAGUUUGAAUUAUAAAUCAAGCCAAAUUUGAGUAUUAUGAUAUAAAUAUUUAAUUUUCAUAUAAUUCAACAAAUAAUUUAUGAAUUUAAACUUAAACUAUUAAAAUUUUUAAUCGAGAGAGGAAAGAAUCUUGCAGGUGAAUUAUAUAUAUACUAAUUUGUUAAUAUUAAAUUCUUAAUUAUCUAAAAAAAAUUCAAAUUCUUAUGCAUGUGCCACGUAGCUUGGAAAAUUGAACAAAUUGAAGUUUAUUAUUUUUCAUAGAUUGUGGCUUUAGAAAAGUAUUUCUAUUAGUUUCCUUUUGAUUUUGGUUUUCAAAUAAAUGGAGCCUGUCUGAUUAAGGACUACUUACGUGGUUUCUGUUUUGGCGGUUUCUUGGGGUGGUCUUCUUCUCCUUCUCUGCUCUUUGUUGUCUAUUCGAUACGUUUCCCAGUAAAAAGAUUUGAUUUUCUUGCCUUUUCUUCUAUUUUUUAACCUCCAUUGAAAACUUUUCCAUUUGUAAAGAUUUUCCCUUUUAAAUACAUGCUAUGCUUUUGAUUUUCUUGGCUCGGAAAUGGGAUUCUUGAGCACUUUCUUGGGAGUUAUUGGUUUUGGAUUUGGACUUCCUAUUGGACUUCUAGUUGGGUUCUUCCUCUUUGUUUAUUCUCAGCCUGAGGAUGUUAAGGAUCCGGCGGUUAGACCACUUCAUGAAUUGGACUCAAGCACCUUGCAAGAUAUUCUGCCUGAUAUUCCUUUCUGGGUGAAAUGCCCCGAUUAUGAACGAGUGGACUGGUUAAACAAGUUUCUCUUGGAUAUGUGGCCUUACCUUGAUAAGGCAAUUUGUGCUACAAUAAAAAGCACCGCAAAACCAAUAUUUGCAGAGUACAUUGGGAAGUAUAAGAUAGAGGAAAUUGAAUUUGAGAAUUUAACUCUUGGAACUCUUCCUCCUACCAUUCAUGGUGUCAAAGUCUAUGAGACUAAUGAGAGGGAUUUAGUCAUGGAACCAGCAAUUAGGUGGGCUGGCAAUCCCAAUAUAAUUUUGGUGCUGAAGUUAAUGUCUUUACAAGUCAAAGUACAGCUAGUUGAUUUGCAAAUAUUUGUGGCACCACGGGUAGCAUUGAAACCUCUAGUGCCUACAUUUCCAUGCUUUGCAAACAUUGUAGUGUCGUUGAUGGAGAGGCCACAUGUAGAUUUUGGACUAAAAAUUCUUGGAGGGGAUGUAAUGUCCAUACCUGGCCUUUACCGAUUUGUUCAGGAGAUGAUCAAAAAACAAGUAGCAAGCCUUUAUCUGUGGCCUCAAUCUCUUGAAAUACCUGUCCUUGAUGCAUCAAUAGCGGCUCAAAAGAAGCCUGUGGGGAUACUGCAUGUGAAGGUCGUGCGGGCAAUGAAACUCUUAAAGGCUGAUUUCUUGGGAACAUCUGAUCCAUAUGUCAAACUCAGCCUAACAGGAGAGAAGCUGCCAGCAAAGAAAACCACAAUCAAGAAGAAUAAUUUAAAUCCUGAGUGGAAUGAGAACUUCAAGCUUAUUGUCAAGGAUCCUCAAUCUCAAGUUCUUGAACUGCAAGUGUUUGAUUGGGAUAAGGUUGGUGGACAUGACAGAUUAGGAAUGCAGGUAGUUCCCCUAAAAGUCCUGACACCACAUGAUCCAAAAGAAUUUACUCUUGAUUUGCUUAAACACACAAAUAUUGCUGAUCCUCAAGACAAGAAGCGAAGAGGGCAAAUUGUCGUGGAGCUGACUUUUGUGCCUUUCAAAGAAGAUAGUGCAAAAUGUAAUGAACCUUCGGAUGGUGGAAGUGAAAAGUCUUCUGAAGAUGAGAAAUUGAGUGGAGCAGGUUUACUUUCGGUUAUCGUUCAAGGAGCUGAGGAUGUUGAAGGAGAGCAUCACAAUAAUCCAUAUGCAGUAGUGCUUUUCAUGGGAGAAAAGAAGAAAACAAAGAUGAUCAGCAAAACUCGCGACCCGCGAUGGAAUGAGGAAUUCCAAUUUACACUUGAUCAGGCCCCUUUACAUGAGAAGAUCCGUAUUGAUGUUAUGAGCAAGCGGACACGCUUUAGUUUCCGAUCAAAGGAAUCAUUGGGGCAUGUGGAAGUUAAUCUUGAUGACGUAGUGCAUAAUGGACGUAUCAAUGAGAAAUACCAUCUCAUCGAUUCAAAGAACGGAGUAAUACAUGUGGAGAUACGGUGGGAUACAGUUUGAGAAAUGGAAUGAAUGUAAAAUAAUGGAGUGAUGCAUGCUUUUUUUGAGAAUAUACAAUAGCUACAGAAUUUACUACAGAACCAGGAAAAGAGAGAAUCAAAACAACACUGCAUCUAUUUUUUUUUUUCUUUCUUUCUUUUAAAUGUUUUAGUUGAUGCUGAAAUUAUACUGAAUGUUACUCAAACACUACUUUUCUCUUUUUAAUGAAAAUAAUAAUCUUUUGUGGAUCAA